AUGCGCCCAUUUGCUUUGCAUUGGCGCUGCCACGGCCGAGCACCAGGUGUGGAGCCGACCGCAGAGUCCUUGGAGGCAGGCGCAGCCUACGAACGAAUGCUGCAGGCCGGGCUCAGCAGCCCUCUCUUCGACGAGCUUCGCACAGAAUACUACUUGGCUCUUUCAGCCGCUCGUGCGGCAGAGCUUCGCCGCACGGAUGUGGUUUUCGCAACAUGCAUUUCUGCACGACGUGGUGGAUUGGCAGCUGCUUUACAGGCACCUGGAGCGCCAGAACUACUGCAGGUGGUGUUGGACGAGGCUGGACAGGCCCCAGAACCAGAAGCACUUUGCCCCAUGACACUGGCGAAAAACGCCAAGAAGAUUGUCAUGGUCGGUGACCCCAAGCAGCUUCGGCCCAUCGUUGUCAGCCCACAGGCUGAGAGAAUGGGUCUCAACAUAUCGUUGCUCGAGCGCUUGAGCGACGCGCCUGCUGGUAAGCCUCGGCUGUUGUCUCUGCAGUAUCGAAUGCACGAGGAGUUGAAUGAGUUUCCGGCAGCAUACUUCUAUAGCGGCCGUGUCAGAACAGAUCCUGCUGUUCUCGCUCGCCGGCCUGGACGCUUGGCACACCCGACACGGCCGAUGAACUCCAGACCGUUUCUUUUCUGGUCGUCUCACGGCGGCCCUUCGGAGCA